GCAUUUGAAAGGAUUUUUUUCGUUUUGUUACAAGUGGUUGCAGCAUUCCUUGUCAUCAUGGUCAUCAUUGCAUCUUUACCUUACCUAUAUAAACGUAGUGAAAAGCUCUAUAAUUUCAUGUUAUGACUUCUGGCGGAUUUAAGCUUUUAUAGCUUCUCGGGAAUUAAAACAUUACUUAGCUAUCGAUUUUGCAGUCGGUCUCCCUUUUUCACCGACAAAAUAUUUCUAUAGGCCUGCUCGUUCAACAUCCGGGAAACUCUGUGUUGGAAAAGUUGUUUGUUUACAUUGUUCACUCUACGCGUACCGAAUAUACCUGACACUCUCAGCUUAUAUACUGAUGAUUUCACAGUUCGUACUCUUUUGCUUUGGAGGAAUUGUUGGAUGGACGGUUUUACAGUUUCAAUAUGCUUGAAAUUUGAACAAAGGACUAAAAAGGUGUAAAAUCAUUAUAACCAUUACCAAGAAAGAAAACUUCUGUAUUUUUUUGCAAACCCUCGACUUGUUUGUGGACUUUACGGAUAGCUUUGCUUUCAAACAUUGAUCAACAUGGGAGCUGUCUCGGUAUGUCUUUCGCCUCACUUUGCAGCAAGAAUAAUGCUUGUGCUCAGUUUGUUUGCCAGGGCGAUGUCUCAAAAUAAUAGAAUACCUAUCCCAUUGCCUCCACUGAGUCUACCGGUGCUCACUAAACCACCUCCUGUCAUCGUAACAACAUCCACUGUCCAUGUGCAGACGACGCCAACGACAACGACAACGUCAUCAACGACUUCGGAGGCCACAUCGACCGUAUCGACGACCUUGACAAUUACAUCAACGACAACGAAUGUCGACGUCGUGACGAGCGAUUUAAUGACCACAGAUUCAUACAUCACUCCAAGGAAGGAUCUUAAUGUUGCCGCGAUAUCCAUUGGAGUGACUCUCCCCUGUUUUAUUAUCGCCAUCAUUGUUAUCAUUAUAUUUCUGCGUCAUCGAUGCAAAAGGAAAAUCACGAAUACCAAACAAACAGGCAAAACUGGAGGAGGUGCGGGUGAUAGUGAAAACAACUUUCCUGACAAUAAAUACCAGUACAAUGGAGUUAGUACUGUCGAAAAUGUGCCGAGAAUUUCAUCAAAUAUUUCUUGUGAAGAUUACUCACCCAUUGGACCUCCCAACAAUGGCACGGACGUCGUACCAAGAGUUCCAAAACAAGAUUCCGUCGACGAAUACCAGUACUCCGCCGUUGGACCAAUUCAAAAUGGCGUCGAUGUCACCCCAAGAGUUCUUAGUCAAGAUUCCGUCGAUGAGUACCAGUACACCGCCGUUGGACCAAUCCAAAAUGGCGCCGAAGUUUACCCCAGGGUUCCUACACAAGACCCGGAUGAUGAUGAUUUCUACGCUCCAGUUGGUGCUAUCUCAAGCGACACUCUUACUCCAAAAGCCACCGCAUUCUCCAACGUUUGUACGGAUGAGAGCCUCUAUAUCAUUCCCGAUCGAUCCGAUGUAAAUCCGUACCAAGAACUCGCUGUCAAAACGUCCGCAUUUGCUGGCUUGCAGAAGCUAAGAAAGAAGCCAGUGCUGGAACAAAAUACGCAACGGGCACCAGAAAUUAAGGCGGCAAAGCAACCGCCUGUGAAGCCAAAGAAGCCCAUUAGGAAGUCACAGACACCGACUGACGAUACUUCCGUGCAGAUAUCUCACUUACCUACAGAGGUGGAUAAUGCAGUGUACGGGCUUAAAGUGCUCGGCGAACAGAACGCGUGUGCCGCGUCGUCACUUGCCGAUGGACAAACCGACGACCAGUUUGAAUCCAUAUACGCGAACGCCGACAUCGAACUACGGGAGAUGUUACCUUCCAGCACUACAGCAACUAUCAAUAGAGACUCUACCAUCCACGGAGGUAUUGAAAUGACUGAUGGCGAGAAUCCAUAUGAAAAUUCGAUGAUUGGAGAUCAAUCUUUUCUGCAAGAAAAUGAAGGUGGUGAUUAUCUCGCAUUAAGUAGAAAGGCAACCUUACCUGUGUGAAUGGGUUGUACGACACGUGUUCCUUUAACAGUUGUUCGCUUGAUUGGUUCGAUGAUUUAAUGUUUUUGAUUUUUGUUGUUAAAGGCGUAGACUAUGUUUGUAAAAUUGUAAGUAAGCCUAAUCUAGAACCAAAUUGCAACCGUAUAACUACGUAGCCUACUUUUGGCAAAUUAGCCCGGAGUAUCUUGUGUAUAUAAUGAUGUCAUAAUGAUGGCUUCACUUCCAUUCGAUAAAGAAUAUCCAAGUUAAACUAUAAACCUGUAGAUCAGAGGAUUUAGCACAGGAGCAGAUCGUAGGUAGGCCUACAGACCAGGUCUAUAUGUGCAGAAGCAACUUAAUGACCCAGGAGUGCAAGGUUUCGGAUUUUGGAUCUGUCUGAAAAAUUGGCUUCGAUGGAAAUCAUUUAAUCUGCAAGGUAAAAGUGGAUGCAUGUUUAAAUUAUUUGCUUUGACUUUUCGGGCACGGCCGGUCAUCAUUCUGUAUGGUUUCGCUGAUCUCUAUUCAAGACAGUAAUGGCGCCUCACGUGCAGCCGGCAAUGGGCCAACUUCUUCUUUUGCAGGCAGCAUAAGAAACCAUUUUGCCAAUUGACUGGUUCAAUUCAAAAUAAUUUACCCCGAUUAACAUUGAAACAUAAGGGACUUUUAGAUUUGCACGUAGUCACACGUAGCAGUCCAUAUGUCGACGCGCAAAUCUAAAAGUCCCUAUUUAGACAAGGUCGACGUCUGCACACAAGGAGCCAAACGGGAACCAAACCCAUGUUGCUCUGUCGAUCUCACCAGGUCCUGAGUCGAGGAGUUAAGUCUAUAUAUUUAAUAUAUUAUGCUCAGAGACCGCAUCUGGACCUCUUCUGUUAUGCAGUGCGACCCAGAAAAAACGAAACCGAGAAUUAUCGAUGUUUUUAUCAUAGCUUAAUCACAAUAAACGGGCUAUGAAACGAUGAAACGGUUGGCUCAAGACCGAGGAACUUGGAGAGACACUGUCUUGAUAUAGAAUUUUGAAUGGAUCACUGAACUUGUCAUACACUGACAGAUCACUAUUGAUGAUGAAUCACAAUUAUAAUUAUUAAAUGACACAUAUUUUUAAAGCUUAGAUCCUCCUCUUUCAUUUGAUG